UAUAGCAUUAAAGCAGAAGCACAAAAUCAGUAGAAAAUUGACCAAAAAUAUAGAACCCACCAAAAGGUCACUGCGUUUGCUUCCAUAUAAGGAAAGUUAAAGAUUCAUUCUUAGGAAUCAAUGUUGUUUUUUAUCACUACCCAACAACAAAACACACACCAAGAUAAAAGAAAAAUGCAAAAGCUGACCAAAAGAAUUGUAUGUUGCUUCUUGCUGAAACAACGGAUUGGAAUACCCUCAAAAGCUUAGCUUUACCUCUUCAAGCAACCAAUCUCGAUGCUACAAUUACCACAACAUUGACACACAGCAAAGGAAGAAACUGAGAGAGAGCUCCAAUGGAAAAAGAGGUUGUGGAAAGUCUUUGGAAUGGUGAUGGAGAAUCUCAAAUUCAAGCAACUUUGGAGCUUUGCAGAUUAAGCAGUAAGCAGAGGCACAAGUUGGAAGAAAGUAGAGUCAUGGUUCCUCUUAUUUCCAUGCUUCAUUCUGAAAACUAUGAAGCAAUAGAAGCUGCUCUGUGUGCUUUGCUCAGUCUUUCCUUUGGCUCUGAGAGAAACAAGAUUCGGAUCAUCAAAUAUGGAAGUUUGCCAGUUCUGCUGAGUCUCCUCCAUUGUGAUAGCCAGAGAGCAGCAGACUUGACUUUGGCAGCCAUGCUUACUCUCUCUUCUUGCAAAGCAAAUAAGGUAGCAAUUGCUUCUUCUGGGGCUGUUCAAAUCUUGGUUGGGUUUGUAAACAACAGCAAUUAUAGCACUCAGUCUCAGCUUGAUGCUAUUGCUACUCUGCAGAAUCUUACAACGUGCAAAGAGAUUGUUCCACUGAUUGUGUCUUCUGGGGUUAUGCUCUCCUUGCUUGAACUGAUCCACACCUCAGUAAAAUCAUCUCCAUUGGUUGAGAAAGCAAUUGGGUUGCUAGAAAACCUUGUGUCUUCAUCAGAGAGUGCAUUAUGUGAGGUUGCUAGUACUAUUGGAGCAAUCAGGAUACUGGUUGAGACUAUAGAAGAUGGAUCUUCACUGAGCAAAGAGUAUGCAGUGUGUAUACUUCUCCUUGUAUGCCAGAGCUGCAGAGAGAAAUAUAGAGGGUUGAUUUUGACAGAGGGAGUGAUGCCAGGGUUGCUUCAGUUGAGUGUGGAUGGAACAUGGAGAGCCAAAUCCAUGGCUCGAGAACUGUUGUUGCUUCUGAGGGACUGCUCCAAUUAUAGCUCAAGAUGUAAACAGAUUGAUCAUGAGCUUAUAGAAAGGAUAAUGGAUGAAAUUGAAGCAGAAGGAGAGGAAUUGGCAGAUACUACUUUGAGGCUGGUAGAGGAGAUGAUUGCAAAGCUCCAUGCUUAAUCUUUUCUUGCGUUACAUCACUACUUUUUUUUUUCUUCUUUCUAACUUAUUGGCAUUAAUUAUGUUUUUGACAUGAACUUCAUUGCUGAAAAGAUAUUAGUAAACCAAUGUAGAAUU